AUGCACACUCCCAUCACCCCAAGUCACAUAAAGUGGUUCCGGAGCUCUAUAAAAGACCCUGAAUUGGCUGGACUAGGGCGGCGAAUUGGGCUGCAGCCGAAUCCAUGGCGGCUACCAGAUCCGGGGUUCGGAGGCAGGAUAGAGCGUCACUUCGGUGUGAUUUCGGCCUUCGUGCCCAGCCGUGAACCAACCAGCUGGCACCGGUGUCAGGGCGUCGCGAAGGGUGACCAUUUGUGGCACGUAUGCAGGCCGCAACUCCUCAAAUCACCGCUACUUGUGACGCAGGCCCGAGUGGAUAGGAGGUGUGCCAUCUUCUGGACCCUCUCCGCGGCCGGGGGCGACUGGAGCGUGAAGCCUACUUUGCGAGAGUAUGCUGUUGCCCGUGUGACCAUGUGA